GCUGGCGGUAACAGCUGAUGGGAUGGAAUGUCCCUACAGCUGGGAGGUGCGUCACGCGCUCUGGGUGCACUGUCCGGUGCGUUCGCCCUCAGACCACCACCACAACCAGCAUCGCCAGCGAUGAAUGUCACUGCUGGGGUGAUCCUGAGCUCGGCCUACCUGGCUGUCGACUAUGUCGACUCGAUGCUUCCUGCGAACCCGCUCCGAGGACCUUUCCACAGCGCCUGGAACUGCAUGCUGAGCAAUUACACCAAGUUUCAGAUCGCAACAUGGGGCUCGCUACUUGUUCACGAACUCGUCUAUUUCCUUUUUUGUCUGCCUGGGUUUAUCUUUCAAUUCAUACCUUACAUGCAGAAAUAUAAAAUCCAGCAGGACAAGCCAGAAACGUGGGAAAAACAAUGGAAAUGUUUCAAAGUGCUGCUCUUCAAUCAUUUCUGUGUCCAGUUUCCCAUGAUCUGUGGCACUUAUUAUUUCACUGAAUUCUUUAACAUCCCUUACACGUGGGACUCUAUGCCAAGAUGGUACAUGCUGCUUGCUCAGUGCCUUGGUUGUGCGGUUGUUGAGGAUACCUGGCACUAUUUCUUGCACAGAUUGUUACAUCACCGGAGAAUCUACAAAUAUAUUCAUAAGGUGCACCAUGAUUUCACGUCCCCAUUUGGCAUGCAAGCCGAAUAUGCUCAUCCAUUGGAAACCAUUAUCCUCGGAGCAGGCUUCUUCAUUGGAAUCAUGAUUUUCUGUAACCAUGUGAUACUGUUGUGGGCUUGGGUUGCUUUCCGCCUACUGGAAACUAUUGAUGUCCACAGUGGUUAUGAUAUCCCUGUGAAUCCCUUACAUCUGAUUCCAUUUUAUGCUGGAGCUCGUUUUCAUGAUUUUCAUCACAUGAACUUUAUUGGAAAUUAUGCUUCAACCUUUACCUACUGGGAUAAAAUCUUUGGAACAGAUUCCCAGUUUAACGCUUACAAUGCAAAGUUUGCCAGCAAAGAAAAAGUAGAAGAUAAGAUAAACUGAAGCCCAGCAAGUGUAUCGCAUACCCUUGAACUUUCUCUAAGUUUUCAGUUAAGGAUAGAGGUGUCCCCUGGGUCAUCUCUUGCUGCAAGGGAAAUUAUUUAGGCUGUGCUAGAAUUUUUCAUCAGCUAUGUUGCACCAGCAAUUUAAUCUCUUGAGCUCAAACUUCUGAGUUGGGAGAAAUUCCAUCUGAAAUCCCAGGAGCUGAUAUCUUUCAUAUUUGACCAGCUAUCACUUCUGCAAAUCCACCAAAACAAAAUGUUCACAGUGUUACAGUAAAAGGGACACAAUUUGAACUGCUUUUCUUGUAUUGCAAGCAGUGUGCAUAGUGUACCCACUAUAUAAUAAUGCAUUAUAAUGUGCCUUAGAGCUUGUCCUUGUAACAGCUAUUGCAUUAUUUUGGAUCAGUUUGACUCAUCAUUACUUAUAAAUCUGGUGAAUACAGACAACAUCUUUCACAGAUUUGAACAUGAUCCUUAAGAAUUAGCCAUCUAAGUAUGAGAGAAAGCUUUCCUUAAACUGGAUUAAUUUGCAGAAAUUUUUAGGUUUUGUCUAUGUUCUGGGUGAUUUCAAUCCAUUAUUUUCUAUCUUGGUAAAUAUAUAUUAUCUAAGAUGAUUUUCUUGUCAGCAUUUUAAUGAACCUUGCUUACAUCCCAAGACUUGACAGAAUUAGUAUGUAAUUUUGCAUCAAAUAGUUUGGGAUAAAACAAAUUGUUAAAGAAAUAUUUCGUGAAGUUUAAGUUCUUAUUACCAAUAAGUGGUUCAGCGUUUUCCUUUUUGAUACACUUUUUGGUUUGGAAGGUAUUAUCUUCAUAGCCUGCAAAUUGGAAUAUCAUUUGAAUGCUAAAAUACGUCAAAUUUUUUUUAGAAUUAGAAUCCCUCCAGUGUGGAAACAGGCCCUUUGGCCCAACAAGUCCACACCGAACCUCAGAACAUCCCACCCAGACCCAUCCCCUAUGACCCACCUAAUCUACACCUCCCCCUCCCUGAACACUGUGGGCAAUUUAGUAUGGCCAAUCCACCUACCCUGCACAUCUUCGGACUGUGGGAGGAAACCGGAGCACCCGGAGGAAACCCACACAGACACACGGAGAAUGUACAAACUCUGCACAGACUGUUGCCUGAUGCUGGAAUCGAACCUGGGUCCCUGGUGCUGUGAGGCAGCAGUGCUAACCACUGAGCCACCGUGCCGCCCCUUAUUGUUUUAUUAUCUGUAUUUUGUUGGUGCCUUUCUCAUUUUUGUUUUUUGGUUUAAAAAAGGCACUGAAGGUCAGGAAUUUGUUCAUUUUAUUUGUUCUUGAGGUGUAUGCAUAUUUCGUUGCCUGUAUUUAUUGUGCACUGAUGUAUAAGAAUAAAGACAAUAGAUGAACAAACAAAGGAAAUUUUAAUUCUGCAUUAUAAAUUGAGUGAUUUUGUUUGUAGAAUAAUAAGCCACUGUAUUUUUAACACUUUUAUGCAUUCCAUAAAUAGUUUUUCCUUGUUUCUAUGGCAACCAGUCUGGAGAGUGGCCCAACAUUGAGAUAGCUGUUGUGUGGAAUGAUCAACAACAGUUAGGAAAUUUCCCAUAUGGGGAUUGAAUGGUUUAUUGGUAGAAAAUCUCAUUUUUGACAAUUGCUGUGAAUGUUUAAGAAUUCAAUAGCUGUACAAAUUCAGCCAUUCUGGAGUUAAGACUUAAGUCAAUAAGUGAUAGCAAAGUGUGAGUACAGUCCUGGUGUCAGCAUUUGCGUUGCCAUUUCCACCAGUUGUAUGGUCAAGGAACAUAUGGAUCACUGUAUCCACUUGAAAUUUCAUUGAGGGCCCUUUGUCAACUCCUCUUACCCUAAUGAAAUUUCUUAUUUUAACAAAUGUUUACAUCGCUACUUGUGUAUCUGUUAGCCUUGAAGGUGGAAUGCAUUGGCUAUUUCCAGUAUGAAAUAAACAACUGCUAAAGCAAAUGGUUGGGAGUUUCCAAGGAGUGACAAUGUAGAUUGCCAGUGUGGAACUUCAUCUUAUGAGAAGAGAUUCCAAUUGGGACUUAUUCAGAAAUGCAGAGAAAUUCAGAAAUACUUCCAUUCUGACAGUUCUUCCAUAGCUCUCAACUGUCAGAGGAAGAUAAACUCAUACCCAAUUUUUAUAGCAGUCAGGGGAGACGAUGGCCUAGUGGUAAUUAAUCCAGAGACUCGGGUAAUGUUCAGGGUACCCUGAUUCAAAUCCUGUCAUGGCAGACGGUGGAAUUUGAAUUCUAUAAAAAUCUAGAAUUAAGAGUCUAAUGAUGACUAUGUAACCAUUGCUGAUGUUGGAAAAGCUCAUCUGAUUUGCUAAUGUCCUUUUUAGGGGAGGGAAUCAGCUGCCCAUACUCAAUCUUGCCUACAUAUGACUCCACCCAUAGCAAUGUGGUUGACUCUAGACUGUAGAUUUGGGAUGGGCAAUAAAUCCUGGCCUGGCCAGUGGUUUCCAUGUCCCAUGAAUUAAUUUUUUGUUUUUGUUUUAAAAAAAAUAAGUUUGCUGUAUUCUGAACUGUGAAAGUCCUGAUAACAUCUGGCAAUAACUAUCAAAAACUGGCUAAAUACCUCAAACCUGUGAUAUCAGGGUGAUGGAUGAGUAGAUUGCCAGCUGGGGCAUGAUGCCAAGUGUAAGAUGUGAGAUGAAUAGUAGCAAGGGUGCCAGUCGAGUAAGAUGCUAAGUGGGCAAUGAUUAGGAUACAAGGAGUUGGGAGCAGGUAAGUGACGGAGUGCAUGUGGCAAGUCAGGAUGGGUGGAAAAAGAAUUGAGUCUGGUGUAGGAGGGGAUGUCACGCCUUGGUGGGGGAGGGCGGUAAGAGCCACAGGGUAAGGCAGGCCCGGCAGGUUAAAUUGGAUUCAGGGGCUUAGCGGGUAAAAGGGAGUUCAUAUUCAGGCUGGGGUUGGACAAGGAGUUUUGGCUGUCUGGGUGGUUUCUGGGUUGGGGUUGAGGUGGAGGAGAUGUAAUUUGGGGUGUGAGAGAUAAAUAUGGGCUCACUUGAAUAGUUACUCUGGAGUUCAACUAUGCAUUUAAUGAGCAAGUAUUUACUGAAUCCACUGAAUUCUUUGAUUUUUAAAAUGGAUUCUUUCAUAGGGUUCAAAACAUAGGAGAAUUAUCUAGCAGAAUCUUCAAAUUCCCAGGCAAUUCUUUUGGAGCCUGCUGCAAUUCCUUUGGAUCCCUGUGUGCAAUUCCCACUUAUACUGGAAUAGUGGCUAACUGGGCCAUUAUAUUUAAUAUUGAUGACUUGAAAAGCAUGGCUUGGCCAGCAGGUGGCUCUGUAGCAAUGUUUUUGCUUGAACCUUUAUUUUUGAUUGAAAUCAGUGUGAUGUACAUUUUUUUUGUUUAGUCAUAAUUACUGUGAUCAUUUUGGGUUUAGUUUAACAUGGCCCUAUCUUUAAUUUGAUUUUAUUUUAAUAAAUUUCACUGUAAACAUUACAAGCGCCCUUAGCUACAAGCCCGGUUUCACGUCUUUGUAUUUUUGCUCAUCUUCCUGUGAUCUAGUGUUGCCAGUUACUGCAUCGCAACUGUUAGAUCACCUACCGGCCUGUUUCUGGUUUAUACUGGAGGCUGCGCACCCUGGUGACAUGCAAGGGAGUGCUUAUUUAUUGACUAAUUUCCUUUGCCUCGGAUAUUGUUUCCCCUUACCUCCCUGCCAGCACUCAUUGAGACCACUUGUCAGCUUCUCCUCUGGUGUCCCCUGAUUUAGAUUCCUUUUAGCUUGGUUGCUUCCACAUUAAAAUUGUUUUCCAUUCUAACCACAUAUUUACUCCUCCAUUCUCAGAUUACUUCUGCUCCCUCCAUUUUUUUUCUUUCUGUUCUUAUUCUCCUCUCUCUUUCUCACCUCUGUUCAAUGAUCCCAUCCUCUACUCCUGUUUGACUUGAAUACUGUACUUGAGAAAAUGGGGAUUGUGGUAACCACUUCAGGGUUUUUGAGGCCUGCUGUUCUAUUUGGUUGUAUUGUGGCUGAUCUGUGUCUCAACUUAAUUUGUUUUUUGGUGCAGGUGAUAAAACCUUUGAUAGCUAACGUUAACAAGGAUGUGAAUUUGUUCCACACAUAGGCGGCCUUGCUGAUCUUUAAGGGGCCCUAUUCUCUCCCUAGUUACCCUUUUGUCCUUUAGUGAUUUGUAUUAUCCCAUUGGAUUCUCCUUAACCCUAUUUGCCAAAGCUAUCUCUUGACCCCUUUUCAUCCUCCUGAUUUCCCUUUGAAAUAUACUCCUCCUGCAUUAAUACUCUUCUUGGGAUUCAUUCAAGCCCUGCUGUCUAUACCCGAAAUAUGCUUCCUUCUUAUUCUUGACCAAAACCUCAAUUUCUCUAGUCAUCCAGUGUUCUUUACACCUGCCAGCCUUACCCUUUACCUUAACAGGAACAUACUAUCUCUGGACUCUUGUUAUCUCAUUUUUGAAGGCUUCCCAUUUUCCAGCCAUUCCUUUAAUGUGUGAACACCUGCCCUAAUCAACUUUAGAAAGCUCUUGCCCAAUACCGUCAAAAUUGGCCUUUCUCUAAUUUAGAGCUUUGACUUUUAGAUCCAGUCUAUCCUUUUCCAUCACUAUAUUUUAAACCUAGUAGAAUAAUUGUCACUGGCCCCAAAGUGCUCCCCCACUGACAUCUCAGUCACCUGCCCUGCCUUACUUCCCAAGAGUAGGUCAAGUUUUGCUCCUUCUGUGGUAGGUACAUCCACAUAGAGAAUCAGAAAUUGAAAUGCACUAUUUUGUUCCUUAAAGUAGUUUACCAGAAAAUAUUUUUCGUUGUAAGAUAGUGCGCUAGAAUUUGCUUGAGCAUUGUGAUUAAUGGCAUCAGCUAUUAAUUGGACUUGCCUCUGCUUGCUUGAAUUGAAAUUAAGAUUGUUCACCAAAUUGCUCAAAGUACAUACUGCUAACCGCACAGUGAAGGAAACUGGGACCUGAGUGGACAGGGCACUAACAGAUCAAAAGAAAUACUGUUUGAUUGCACCACCUUCCUCAAUCCUAUGUCAAAAUCGGAUCCAACAAGAAAAAAAAUGAAGAUUUGAAGUGAGAAGGGAAGGGAAAUUUAAAAAGAUAUAUCAUUUAAAAAUCUCACUGAAAAAUUCAAACUUGAAGAGAAGUGACUCUAUACUUGCUGUGGUCAGAUUGGCAAGUAAACAUUCUGGCAGUCUUCAAUAUUUAUGUUAUCUGUGGCAAGAUUAACCAAGUUCCAAAAUAAGAAGGCUGAGGGCCAGUUACUGAUUUUUGUCUUGAUAAUAACACAGUAGCUCAACUCAGUCAGCAAUUUUGCAUUUUCACAUUUAACCACACAUUGGCCUCUUGCCUGGAAUUAUUGUACCUUUUGCACAGAAAUGACAGAAGUACCAUUCAAGAUAUUGUUAUUUUGACAGCAAAUUAUGAUCAACAAUAUUUAUGCUGUCAAUGAUAUUUUUGGAUGUGAUUUGUAUAUUGAGCAUUGCUGUAACAAUGGCUCAGUUUGUCUGUUCAGUCUGUUUUGACUCAAUGCACUUUUUAUCAUGAGCUAUAUAGUAUGUUUUGACGUUGAGCAGUUGCUUUAAGAGAUGUACAUAAAUAACUCGUGUAUAAAAUGCUUAUUUAAUUCCUUUGCUUAUGCAUGGAGAAGUAUUUGAAAAGUU